GGUCAGCGGUCGGAGGCGGAUCUGCGAGUGCAGCUCUCGGGGCCGGGGGACACCGUCGUCAUCAACAACAACACGGGGGGGGGUCCCCGGGGGCUCCCCCGGUACGAGAGGAUCCCCCCCGGGCUGGGGGAGUACCAGGAACCCACCCGGGCACCGGCACCGGCACGGGAACGGCCGGGAAACACCGGGAAUGCCCCAUUGGCCAACCCGGCCUAUCGCCUCCUAUUGGCCACCUACGCCCAGCCAAUGGGAGGCCUCUCCCCGGCCACGCCCACCUUGGCCAAGCCAAUCAACACCGACGGUGUCUCCGAACCCGAGGGCGUGGCAGGGGGCGGGGCUUAUGCCGAGGCUGAUGUCACCGGGGGCUCCGCCUAUGCCGUGGCUGGCCCCGCCCCUGUCCCUGGCCCCGCCCUCCUCCCUUCCUUCCCGCGGGGACGGCUCCGUUUCCGGGAGAAGCUGGGGGAGGGGCAGUUUGGAGAGGUGCUGCUGUGUGAGGUCACUGACCCCGAGGCCCCGCCCCCUCUGUCCAGCCCCGCCCCCUCGGGCCGAGGGCGCCCCCUGCUGGUGGCGGUGAAGGUGCUGAGACCCGACGCCUCCAAAAACGCCCGGAGGGAUUUCCUGCAGGAGGCCCGGACCCUGGGGCGGCUGCGGGACCCCAACAUCGUUCGGCUGCUGGGGGUGUGCGGGGGGCCCGGCCCCCUCUGCAUCAUCACCGAGUACAUGGAGCACGGGGACCUCCACCAGUUCCUGGGCGGGCCCCGCGGCCCCGCCCUCAGCCUGCCCACCCUGCUGCACGUGGGGGCCCAGAUCGCGUCGGGGAUGAGGUUCCUGGCGGGGCUGAACUUCGUGCACCGGGACCUGGCGACGCGGAACUGCCUCGUGGGCGACGGCAUCACCGUCAAGGUGGCCGAUUUCGGGAUGAGCCGCAACCUCUACGCCGGGGAGUACUACAGGGUGCGCGGCAGGGCCCUGCUGCCCAUCCGCUGGAUGGCCUGGGAGUGCAUCCUCAUGGGCACGUUCAGCCCGGCCAGCGACGCCUGGGCCUUCGGGGUGACGCUCUGGGAGGUUCUGACGCGGUGCCGGGAACAGCCCUACGGGAGCCUCAGCGACGAGCAGGUCAUCGCCAACGCCGGCCACCACUUCAGGAACCGCGGCCAGCAGGAGUACCUGCCGUGCCCCCCCGGCUGCCCCCCGGCCCUGCACAAGGUGAUGCUUCGCUGCUGGGCCCGGGAGGCCUCCGAGCGUCCGACCUUCGGCCUCCUCACCCGGCUGCUGCGGGACCCCUCGGCCCUGGGAUGAGCCUUCAUCACCUUCACCUUCGUCACCAUCAUCAUCAUCUUCACCAUCAUCCUCCCCCGGCUGCUGCGGGACCCGGUGGCGCUGGGAUGAGCCUUCAUCGUCACCUUCACCUUCAUCAUCAUCAUCUUCAUCUUUAUCAUCUGCUGCGGGACCUGGUGGUGCUGGGAUGAGCCUUCAUCAUCAUCGUCA